AUGGGACCCAGUAGGCUGUCCAUUUUGCAACUCAUACCCACUCUCGAAUACACGCUUUCUAUGUCAACACCCGAUGUUUGGGUGUUUUGGGUCAGGCACUCAUCAGGGACUGUAAAAAAGGACUCGAUUUCGUCGACUGUUAGCUCAGGGUCCAUAUCGACAGCACCGGAUGUUUGGGUGUUUUGUGUUUGGGACUCAUCACAUCAUCUAAAUAAGGCCUCAAUUUCAUCGGUUAGCUUA